AUUGGCUCAACGGGGAGAGUAGUCUAUCGCAGGGAUCGACAGUUUACUACGUGAUCGGAAGUCCGCGUGUACCGAGCGCGAUAUAACACCUGCUUCAACGACGUGCAAUCACUUGCAAAUCGACCCGCUGUUCAAAGCUUAUCCUCUCAAAAACAUACACGAUGGCCCAGGAGCAAAGGACCCCCGAAGAUGCGAUUGAUCCCAUAUGGACAUCCAGCCGUACAGCGCGUCAGAUCUAUGCUUUAGGAGAAGUAGAGAAAGACAUCACCCAACUGCUGUCGCUAUCAGCGUCCUCGGUGUCACUGCUCGCCCUUCCACAGACGGAUGAACCAGGAGACGAAUUACCUCAGGGCGAAGAACGCUCUGAGGAGUUCGUGGCCAAAGUGAGCGAGUAUUUUCAACGACUGGAUGCCAUUCAAGUUGCCAUUCGCUCCUCUCUCGCUCACAUCCGUCAAUCCCGUAUAGCACCAUCUGCGAUCAAUGCGCCGCCUCCCAACUUCAUCCCGCCCUCCCUCGGUGUAAGCAUACCGACGUCGAGCGCAGGCACUGGCACUGGCAGUUUGAAUAGGGGAAGCGAAGGCGCGACCGAGGUCAGCAGGGGCCUGCAAGAAGAGAGGGUAGACCGCGACGCAUGGGUUAGUAUUCUAAAUGCCCUGAAUAAACUCAAGGCCGCUCGCGAACAAGAACAAGAAUCCGGAAAUGCAGGACAGUCAUCUACAACCACAAGUCGGGUUCGGGAUCAAAUUCGGGCUAGCAGGGAUACUACAGGGUGAUGGUGUUGGAUGUAGGAGAGGGUCGCUACACUACGUCUCUACUGGCUACCGCUCAAACGAGGGGAAUUAACUGUGCACACGUUGGAGGUAGAGGGUUCCGGUGA